GCGACAGAAAGGGGUUGUUAUGCUGUCUUGACCGAUGAAAAAAAACGAAUUCUUUGUGAAUAUUAUGAUAAAGGCAUGACCACAACGUCUCCAUGCAUGCAUGCUUUCAUUGACCAAGCUGCGCAAGAAGCGAAUCUUAGUGUUGAUAAAGUCAAGAAAUGGAUAGGAAAUGAAAGGAGAAAGCGAAAAGCAAGCUCUACUUUUGUAAAUGAUUUGGAAGAGAGACAGUCCAACAAGCCGCCAUCUAAACGUGCAAUCACUGGAUAUAAUCUUUUCUGUUCCCAAAUGAUGAAUUCAGACGAAUGCCAAAUGUUAUCAAGCAAGUCAGCUAAAAUGAAGUUUGCAGUUGAUAAGUGGAAAUCACUUUCAUUGGAAAAAUGUGAAGAAUGGAAAGAAAAUGCUAGAGAACUUGCUAAUAAUUGCACAACAGAGCUAACACCAAAACAAAAAAAGCUCAAGUAUUGAAAGCAAAGAAACAACUAAUAGCACAGGUAUACAUUUAUAUUUCAUACAAGUCAUUCUAGUUAAUAAUAUAAAACAAAUUAGUGUUUUAUAUCUUUUUAGUUGUCAUAUUUGGAAAGCCUUGGUUGUGAUGCAUCGGUCAUGAUUUUUGAGCAUGAGUCAAAAGAAAUUAGCCACUAUGGUACUGGCAAAGGUCUGAAGUACCUUAGUGAGAACAAUGAGGCAACAAUAAAGUUUAUGGAAUUUUUUGAAUUCCCGAACGAAAAGUAUUCAGCAUCAGAUGUUGCUGCAAUGUUCAACAGAAAAUACCGUGAGGCUUCUGGAAAACUUUGUGCUCGUGUACCUUACCAUAAGGGUGGGUUUGAGGUAACAGGGUUACCUGAUGGUGUAGAGUUCAAAAAGCCAACUUCCUAUGGUGCUAAUACCAUUCAAGCCAUUAUGAAGAAUUCAGAAAACAUAAAGUUUUUCAUCGUUGAAAAUCAGGCUAGUGACCGUGAAGAAACACUUCAACUCACUUCAAAGCAUUCCCAAGCAUUAACAAAAAUUGUAGACAGUGACAAAAUUGGUAGAAUUUUGUCAGGAGAAACGUCAAUUAAGAAGGACGAUUUAGAAGUUGCUGACCCGGAUUUAUCUGCAAGUGAUUUCCAAGUCCUGAUGACAGAUUUACACAGUCAUUUUGAAAAGGAUGCUAUGUCAGCGCUUAUCGCGAACUAUCAGAGCAGUUUCAGACACAAAGGUUAUAUUCUACCAGUUUACACCGAGACAGAAGACCCAUAUUGGCUUUUCUAUCAUCCUGGGACCGCAACGGAGAUAGAAUCUCUAAGUCCAGAAGACAGCAUUUCAGGAUAUUGGCUGGAUAAAGCGACCUCAAAUUUAGAAUUUAAACUUCUCCAUAAAAAGACAUCAAUCAAAGCCUUAAAUGUGAUUUGUUUUGAUGGCAAUCUGGGGUCGUUGCGGCUGAAGAAACAUUUGCUCCUAUGUAAUCGUACGACAAUUGUUCUACCAGUAGAUUUUGACACUUCAAUUGUGAAGUGUUUGGAGCAUCAGGGAUUUUCUUAAUUAAGUAUAUUGUAGUUAAGAUUUGAAGUUAAUUCAAGCGGCUCUUUGGCAGACUCUGCUGUUUGUAAAUAUCAUAAAGAGAAAUGAGAGCUUCUGAUUGACUGCGGAUGCCACAAGCUCGUCCCAACCCAAAUUUUUAUCGUCAUCAUAGGGAAACACUGCAUUUGUAUUGGGCUUGUAUUUACAAACUAUCUGUUGUUACGUUCAUCAUGUUCUGCUCAAUGUUGUAAUUAAGUAAACCAUGUACAUUAAAGAUUACUUUUUUGAAAUACACCAACAAGCGACAUAAUCUAACUUACGUUUGAGUGUGACCAAGCACCCCAAGAUAGGGCAAGGUGAUGUUAGAGUGUUCGUUAGAGCGCAGUUAUUAAAUUAGAAUGUAAAUGAAGCACUCAAAAAUACAUUGGAGUGUGAACAAGCUCUGUGCGUAUGAUUUGUUUCUAAUCUAGUACCCAGUCCUUUAGUAGGACAAACAUGUUUACACGACCACAUGACCUGCUUACAGGAUCUCAUGACCACAUCUUAGGCUAAGAUGUAAAAAUUACACAAGAAUCAACAUGAUCUAACUUACGUUUAAGUAUCAAUUUGAGCACCCCACAAUGCGGCAAGUUAAGGUGACCUACGCUAUGUUAGUGUGGUAAAGCACCCUAAGAUGGGGUAAGUUGACAUAAAUUAAAUUAGAAUGUAAAUGAAGCACACAAAAAUACAUUGGAGUGUGAACAAGCUC